AAGAGCCGUAACACCUUUUGUUCUUUGGACUCUACGGAAAUUUGCUCUGCAUGCUGCCAGCAAGGGGGAACUAUACUAAGCCUCCUCCUGCCUCCCCCUCCUCCUCACUACUGAACAAUAUCCUCUUCUAAACCCAAACAACCCCCCCAAAAUUUUCCUGUUAUCUUCUUGGUUUUAUUUGUGCCUCACACACAAACCCUGUGGAUGGUCGCGUCGGCAGAUGGUCCUCAGUUGCUGAGACGGGAGUAAGAAGGUGAAGUCCUGGCUGGUCAUGGGAUGCUGCAGCGUGACUCAGAGGCAUACAGGAGUGGAUGAAGUUGGUCCAGAUGAGAUCGAACUGCUGGAACUCUCUGGAGAUAAUUUGGGUGUAUGGAGUCUGAGCGAAAACAGAGUCCAGCUUUCUGUGAGGACCAGCAGAGAUGAGCACCAGCUCCCACCACAGCUGCCAAGCAAAGCCUCAGUACGACUCCAGGAGCAGGAGGUGGUGCUGUGGGGCAGGACCAGAGAUGAGCUCCACCACAGGAUUUUCUCUCAGCAGCCAAUCAGGGGCUGGGAGGGCCAACCUGCUCAUAUUUAUGGAGAGGUCAUCUAUUCCUCUCUGGUGUCACUCUAUACCAGCUACACACAGGAAACCAGUGAACGGUUCCUGUUGUUGUUCUCUUUUCACCUUCUGAUCCUGUCAUUGGACCACUCCAGAGAAGACUUCAUAUAUGAGGGUAUUCUUCCUGUUUCUGGGCUGUCUCUCCGAGCUGUAUCGCUGGAGCCGGAAGUGUCCCAUUCACCACACAUGUUUGAGAUCAGCAGUCCAAUGAUGGACUCGAAGGUGUUUAUGUGUGCCAGUGCUGCAGAGUUAAAGAGGUGGAUGCAGAACAUAGAGGACAGGAGAUACAAGUCCAUGAUGCAACCCAUGAGUCCCUCCCACUGUGCUCUUUCUUAUCUUUUGCCUUGUGAUGAACAUUGGAAAAGAGAGGAGCUGAAAAAAUACUUGCUGCAGGCUCCCAUAUGGAACUGGGAGGGCUCGCCUAUACAGCACAUGGGUCAGCCAGGAUACAUCUCUAUUGUUCACAUCAUCAACACUCAAAGACAGGGUCUCCAGGAGAGGCUGAUGGUUCUCUUUCCUCAUGAUGUUCUGCUGCUUUCUGUGGACAGCAAGCGGCUAAAUGUAAAGUAUGAGGGCAGGCUGGCUCGACACAGCAUCAAAGCAGUGGAGCGCUCAGCUCUUCCUGGACGGCUGGAGUUUGAUCUGAGAGGGGAGCUGGUGGAGCCACUGCAAGUCUCCUGCACCUGUGAGGAGGAUUACCAGACCUGGAUUUUCCAUCUGCAGCAGCCAGACAGAGACAGCCACAUUUUUCUGAGUCAGCCACCUCCUCCGUUAGUGCCCAAGCUGCAGAGAAGCGGGAAGGAGUUCCAUGAUCCCAGCCUAUCAGACGCCCAGUAUCACAUCAACAGCUGGGGCUGACCUGCCGCACUCAGGAGAAUCUUUAUUAAUCCGCUGUAAAUAUAAAUUCAAACCGACAUGUAGAUAAAGUAUUUAUUACUUUGAUGUGUGCCAAAACAUGGUGGCAUGGUGGCUGGAAAAUUAUUCUGGCUGAUAAUUUCUUAGAACCGGAAAGGAAACCAGGCCAUGACCCGGUUUAGAGCAGAACAUAGCUGCAGAGAUGUUAGAUACACUGAUAAAAAAAGCUAGGACUGGAGAAGUUGUACAUACCUGUAUGUAGAGCUUUACUAAUAAAGAUUUUUUUAAAUGAA